AAGCGCGGCUCAACUUUGCUUCUAAAGUGUGCUCCGGGUCAAACGUGCCGCUUUUGGCCGACAAAAGUGUGUCUUUUCUUCCACCGGGGCUCGCCUCGGCUGGCUGGGUGUCAACAUCCAGUGACGGCCAUGUUUGCCGGCGCCGCCGUAAACAACAAAAAAGUGGGAGACAGACGCCUCGCUGAAUGUCGGGUCAUUUGGAUUUCUUUCAUUUACAAUGUCUCUGGGAAUGUCUUACAAGCCCAAUGCCCACCAGCACACUCCGGGAACUUCGGGGAACCAGGUUGGAAGCCUCCAGUCAGCAGCCAACCUGGCCCAUUUGCAAUCCUACAGGCCUCUGCUGAGUGACUACGGACCACCUUCUCUGGGAUUCUCACAGGGCUUGACCGGCAGCCAGGUGCCUCAAAACAAAUACGCCGAGCUGCUGGCCAUUAUUGAGGAGCUGGGCAAGGAGAUCCGACCCACAUACGCUGGCAGUAAGAGCGCCAUGGAGAGGCUCAAAAGAGGCAUUAUCCAUGCCCGCGGCCUGGUGCGUGAGUGCUUGGCAGAGACGGAGAGGAACGCCAGGUCCUAGCGACAAUCACAUUCCGUUCAAGGAGACUUCUUACUAUGCGUCUUUAAACAAAAGGAAAGAAAAAAAAAAUCCAACUUGCAUGUCAUUUCAGAAGUGGACCGAGACGUCCCGACUCCAUGUUGUACGAAUGAGUCAAACUCUCAACUUGUUUCCCACUGCCCACUUUUGGGGAACUUGGUUUCUUGUUUUUUCUCCAUCAACUUUGCAUGCAAAAAAGUGUAGACGCCAAACGUCUUGUACAGGGAUUAGACACAUUUUUCAUGAGUGACCGAGUGAGUGAGUGAGUGUCAAUUCAUCUGUGUUCAGGUUGGUUUUGUUAUCAAAAGAAAAUGCUGUUACUUGCAUCUUUGUAUGUAUUUAUUACACAGUGUAAUAAAUUGUAUUUUCAA